CAUCAUUUAAAAAGCACACGCUUACUUUCAUCUCCACAUUUUCGUUGAGAUAAUCAUUUCACUUUUGUGUAUCGCAAAUCGUGAGUGUUAAUUUUCAAGUUAUUUCUUGUGACGUCAAGAUCAACAUCAAAUCAAACAUGGCCGCCACCGUAAACCACGUGUUCGAGUGCGAGAACGAGUUGAACGACAACCUCUACAACAUUAAGAUGUCUGGAAACAAGAAAAGGUCUUCACCGAGUCACAAAGUCAGGAAGAUCUUGAAACCUCUGCUUCGCUUAUUGAAGAGCAAGAGUUACAAGUUGACAAGAAGAUACCAGAAGGCAGAACCACAAGCUGAAAUCUUCACUGAAGAAGUUGAUAAUCAAAAUAACUGCAAUGAAGCAUUGGAACAACGACUAUUAGCUGACCUUGCUAAUGCUGAAGAAGGUGCUGCAAUCACUGUGUGCCUUGAUGGUCAAAUGACAGUUGUGCCGGUAGUUCCUGGACAGUGUUAUGUACCAGUUCACUUUGCUCAUACUCGCGCCGGUGACUUCUAUUGGACAACUAUCACAUUAGCUGACAGUGACCUCUGCUACAAGGAACGAGCUUUCUCUCAGAACCAAUUACCAGAGAUGCAAGUCGCUUGAACAAUCUUGUUCAAAGAGUGCCGCUAUCUACCUCACAAGACAACCACGAAUGGACUUCGUGAAUCGUCAUAAAACGAGCUUCAUCUACAACUACUGGAGGCAGCAUCACCAUCGCUGGAGGUGACAACAACCAACCGGUUUCUAGACUCAUUUGGAAAUCUUCCCAAUUAGAAACAAGGCCAACCUACAGUGUCAUUCCUCCUGAUACCAAGGGCAACUACAAGCUGUCAACCGAUCCAGUCUUAGAUUUAAGAUACUCCAAAUACUGUGAUCAUUUCUAGAUUAACUUUUUAUUUGUAUUGACAGUUAUUCAGAUCUCAUAAAAGAUCAUAUAUUAAUAUUUACAAAGACACAAUUGUAUUUUUUAAAAUACUUUUAAAAUAACUUUGG